AACUACCGGAAACACAACUGACUUUGAUGAGUCAACUCCCAGAAGCAUAACUGACUUAGGAGGCUUCAAUAUUGAAACCCCAACAGACGUGGACGGCUUAAUUUCCAAACACACUACAGACGUUUCUAACAAGACUGAGAAUGUGACUAAUGUCACUCCAUCCCAGAAUUCCACGAUGGAAACCAUGGCUACUUCUGAUCAUCAUACCAGUACAACGCAUUCGCCGUGGACAACCACGACACCAAAUCCAAUAGGGGCAACAUGUGCGCGAUCCCCCAUGCUGCCGCCGGUGGAACCAGAGACGAAUGAAAAUUACAUUGAGAACCCUUGCGUGGCCAUGCUCAGCUUUGGAACGUGGGUUGAAAAGAGCUGCUUGGAGAAGCUUCCUUUUAUUUGUUAUGAAGAUCGUUUCUAUGGCGAAAUCAAGGUGACUAACGUAACGGUCAACAACGCCACCCUGACCUGGACGGAGGCGCCUGGCGACAUCGACCAUUACCGCGUUGAGGUCGAAGGAGACGUGCAGACGGUGGAGAAUCAGAGGAACUUGACCACUGAUCUCGGUAGCCUGACCGCAGGCACUCGCUACACCGUCCAGGUGUUCCCUGUGAAGUGCGGUAGAGACCUGAACCCCCAGACUGAAACUUUCUACACCGUACCUCACAAAGUCAAAGAUCUCAAAGUCAUCGAUGUGGCGGAAAGUUCUGUCGUUCUGAGCUGGAACAAACCAGAUGGGAAUGCGGAUCUCUACAGUUUGAGGACUGUCGAGAGUCCAGAGAGAGACAUAAAAACAAAUGUGACUGAAGAAGAGGUCGAUGGUUUGUUACCCGGGAGCUUCUACACAGUCCUCGUCCUCUCUGGAGUCGAGGACGAGUCGAGGUGGAGUGAAGAAUCAAACAUCACGGUUUGUACCAAGCCUGGAAAAGUGUCCAACCUGCAAGCAUCCAAUAAUACCAACAACUCACUGCUUCUCAGCUGGGAAGCACCUGAGGGAAACUUCACAGGCUUCAAAGUGAAAGCUACGAGCAGUUCUAAUGAAUCGUGGUACAGUAAAGAGGUGAGUAGAGAUGAGCGAACAGUGAAUGUAACAGACCUGCCGAAUGGCAGCGAAAUCCGUCUUUUUGUGACAACGGUGGCCAAUCACACCUUGGAUGGAGACAGUGUAAACAUCACCAGCUACACUGCUCCUGGACCAAUUUCACAACUGGUGUUGACAAUGGGGUAUUCCUCUCUCAAUGCCACAUGGGAUCGCCCUAAUGGUAGUUUUUCAAUAUUCACCGUUGAGGUUUGGCAGGAAGAAAAGCUUGUGGCAAAUGAUACAACAACAGAAACUUACUGGGAGUCUUCAGAUAAUCUGAAGAGUUCAACCGGUCACAAAGUGGUGGUCUAUGCUGUUACUGGACAUCUCAAAGGCCCGGCAGUGAGCCGUUCCAACUUUACCUGUAAGGACUACAUCAUUAUCAAUCACAGCUGA